AUGCUUCCUAACAGAUGCCAUUAUGGUGCUUCUCGCAUAUGUUUUAAGGCUUUACAAAGGCCCCAACUAUUAAGACUCUAUUCCAGCACUUCCACGAAUAAAUCUGAGAAACCAGAUACUCCAGCGUCUUUAGUUCAUAAUAAUACUCUAAAGCUGAAACCGUUGGAUUUUACCAAUAAUGCUCCAGUUAAUCCUAAAAAAAAAAGUCCUUUACUAUCGACGUCAAAGUAUGAAUCUGCUACUUAUGAACUUCCUAAGUGGAAAGAAGCGCUUGGUGAAAUUGUUAUCCGCGCUUUUGGCCUUGAUAUGGAUAGGAUUAGGGCUGGUCCUAUUGCUGGUUCGUACUACUAUGCUCUUUGUAAAGAACAAGGCCUGCAAUAUGAAAAUGAGCCGUUAUCGGAUACAGCCAAGUUUUUCUAUGAGGACCUGAAGCUUCCUCGUACCUUCUCACAAUGGUUCCAAAUUACUGCUCUACAUGAGUGGAUUCUUUUUGUUCGUAUGAGAGCAAUGCCCUUUAAAUAUGGAAGCAACUAUCGUCAAAAAUUGGUUGAUAGAACCUUCUCAGACAUUGAAACCAGAUUGUUUGAUGAAAUGAACGUCAGAUCUACCAGAAUCUCAGACCAAUAUUUGAAGGAUUUCCACGCUCAGCUAAGUGGUCUAGUGUUUGCAUAUGACGAAGGCUUUUUCACCGACGACGCUUGUCUAGCCGCUGCUUUAUGGAGAAAUCUUUUCGGUGGAAGGAAGAAUGUCGAUUUUGUCCAUUUAGAAGCGAUGGUAAAGUAUGUGCGUUCACAACUCUAUGUUUUAAGUAAGAUGUCUGACAGAGAGUUUGCUUUGGGCGGAUUCAAGUUUGUUCCACCAAAUGAAUCUGUUGAAGUGUUGACCGCUGAACAAGAAGCUGAAAUGAAAGAGCGAGUGAUAGAGAAGUACAGCAAAAUUGAUAGCGAUCCAAACACACUACCAAGUGCAAAAUCCAAGCUUUCUUAUGAAAAUUGA